CCUGCAAGCCCGUCAGCAUCAUAACAAGGCGGCUCCAACCAUAACAACCCCCGAGGAGGAGAAGGAGCAAAAGAGCCUUUUGGCGUCUUAGGUUUUUUUCUUUUUCCCUUUUUUUUUUUUGGUCUGAGACUAGUCCGUGGGGGUGGGGAGGAAGAGCAGGGCUUGUUCAAUGCUAUGCUAAUCUUUUAAGCGCUCUUUUCUUGCUCUACGCUGCUUUUCUUUCUUCUCCAUUCUCUUCACGCUAAGGAGUGGGUGGCUCAUCCGGCAGCAACAGGAGGAGGCUAAGUCAGGGGCAGCUGUCAAAAUCCUCCCCCCCCCCCCUUCCCAGUUUAAUGAUCAAACGCCUGGCUGGGAAGAAAGGCAGGAACCAGAAGGCGCAGAGGCUCUGCCUGCCCUGCACUGUCACAUCACACGCUCUGUUGUGUGUGUGUGAGUGAGUAUCCCUCUCCCUCCCCUCUGCUGACAACCGUCUCCGCAGCCAGAGAGGAGGAGGAGGAGGAGGCAAAGCGUCUAUUGCUCUCAGUUACUCUCUCACUCAUUGCUGAAAGGUGGGCGGAGGGUACCUUUCCCCCUGGUGCCUUUUCUCACGUUGACAAGCUGGGGCCCAGCACCGGAGAGGGGGGGAAAAAAGAACAAAGAAAGAAGAGGAGGGAAAGCACCAAAUCCGGACCAAACAUCCCAGGCAGAAGGAAGCUGUCAGCUCGCCGUGACACAACACAUAGCCCAUUGAAGCGCCCUGGGUAGCAGCUACGGCUGGGAAGGGAGCCCUCUGCCCGCCUUUCAAGUUGCAAAGCGAAGAUUGCUCCGCAAGCAAGAAAAGGCAACUUGAUUUGUGCGUGGGGUGCCCGUUGGGUAGCAAGCCUUGCCAGCUGGUGCAGUCCGGUGCUCGAGACCACGAUGAAAAGUAAAAAAGGUGUAGCUGCAAUAUCUGGCAGUGAGACGGAGGAGGAUGACACCAUGGAUGUCCCACUGGAUCUUUCCUCUUCCACUGCCUCAGGCAAACGGAGGAGACGUGGUAACCUGCCCAAGGAGUCAGUGCAGAUUCUUCGGGACUGGCUGUAUGAGCACCGAUACAAUGCCUAUCCAUCAGAGCAAGAAAAAGCACUAUUGUCCCGACAAACACACCUUUCUACACUACAGGUCUGCAACUGGUUUAUCAAUGCACGCCGCAGGCUUUUACCUGACAUGCUGAGGAAGGAUGGCAAGGAUCCAAAUCAAUUCACUAUCUCACGAAGAGGGACCAAGAUUUCUGAAGGCAGCCCAGUGGAGUCUUCCACAGGCACAAAAAACUACAUUCCACUGUUGGAAGAGAACUCAUUUCUUUCUGGUACCACAGGACUAAACAAGGCUGUCUCUUCUAAACCUUCUUCCCCAGGAUCUGUUUUGGCUCGACCUUCAGUGAUUUGCCAUACCACUGUAACUGCAUUGAAAGAUGCCCCUUUCCUUUUGUGCCAGCCAGCUGGUGUAGGCCCAACCACCGACCUGCAGCAGACAUCAGCUAGCAGAUUCACAGACAACACUCUUGAAUACCACGAGGAUGCUUCUAAACUGGGACCUGGUACAAAUGCACAAAGUGGCCUUUUCAACACUCCUCCUCCUACUCCACCAGACCUCAACCAAGAUUUUAGUGGAUUUCAGCUUUUGGUGGAUGUUGCACUCAAAAGGGCAGCAGAGAUGGAGUUGCAGGCAAAACUUAUGGCCUAAUUCCCCCUUUUUUUUCAGGCAGGAAUUUAACACAUAUGUGAUUAUUGCUGCCCAUGUGAUAUCAAAAGACUAACUGCAUUUUUUAUUAUUAUUAUUAAUCUUAUUUGCACAAGGGAUUGCUGAAAUGAAGCUUCCUGUCACUGAGGUGGUCUUCAGUGAAAUAUGGUCAUUCCAAGAAUUAUAAACUUAAAGCUACUGUAGAAACAAGGGGUGUUUUUGUUUGUUUGUUUGUUUGUUUUUAUGUUUCUUAGUAGGUUUUUCAUAAUGUGAGAUGGUUCCCAAGAUCAUGUGAUUUUUGUUUUUGUUUCUUUCAGACUGUGCAAUAUCUAGUAAUGAUGUAGACUUCUUAUCAUUCCCAUGUGGAACAGAAUAUACCGACAUGCUGUCUCAAACAAAUGUUCAGUUUUUUUAAACAAUAUGAACCUGGAUGAUUAUGCUUUUUUUCCACGAUGUAAUAAAAUAUUUUCUUUAAAAAUGGA